AUUACUCUGACUCUGGUAACGUGACUUCCUGGUAACGUGUUAGGUAGGAAAAGCAGUAAAAAAGUGCAUAUUAAGGGAGCAGAUUUGAAAUAAUAUUUAUACUUAACAAGAAAUAAUUAAAGGUUCAAUGGGGAGACCUAAAGAUUUACGCAUAUGGGAGCACUACCGUACUUUACCAAACAAGUCUGUUUCUUGCAAGCUUUGUAAUAAGGUCUACAAAUUCAGUAAUGCUGCCAAAAUGCUUCAACAUCUUAUCACUUGUCCAAAAUCUCCAGAAACAUUAAAAGACUCUAUGAAACUUAUAAAAGAUAGCUCGUCCAAAACCAAAAUGUCUGGACUGUCAGAGAUAGAGACAAAUGAUUCUUUUAUAAGCCCCUCGUCGUCUGCUAACACUACAAUAAAUGCUGAGUUUCAAGACACCGAUGAUCAUAUAAAAACAGAAUUAGCGAGAGCUAUAUUUGUAACAGGGACGCCAUUAUCGAUGGUGCAACAUCCUUUAUGGAUACAAUUUUUCGAAAAAUUGCAACCAAAAUUUAAAAUACCUUCACGUAAAGCUUUAGCGACAAAAUACUUAGAUAAAAUAUAUAGAGAAAUGCGUUUUGAGUUAAAUGAGGAACUAAAUGCUUGUAGUUACUUACACCUUCAGUGCGAUGGCUGGUCUAAUUUAAGAAAUGAAGGAAUAAUAAACUUUCUUAUAUCAAAACCUCAACCUGCAUACGUUAAAAGUUUGAAUACAGAAAGUAAUCCUCACACUAGUGAAUACCUUAGCCAAGAAGUUGAAAAAGUAAUGAAAGUGUAUGGAGCAAAUAAGUUUCUUGUACUUAUUGGCGAUAACGCUAGAAAUAUACAAAAGGCAUUCGAAUUAACAAAACUCAAAUAUCCACAUGUUGUUCCUCUCGGUUGCUGUGCACAUAUCCUUAACUUGUUGUGCCAAGAUAUUGUAAAGAUACAAGAAGUAACUGUGUUUAUUAUGCAAGCCAUAAAUAUAAUAAAAACUGUUAAAAGGAGUCAACGAUUAAGUUCCUUGUUGAUAAAAUCAAGGCAGGGUGAAGAUUCUACACAAACACUAAAAUUGCCUUGUGCUACAAGAUGGGGAAGUCAUGUUACUUCGUUAAAAAGUUUGAAAGCAAAUAAGAUAGCUUUGCAAAUAUUAACAGUUAGAGAAGAUGUGGUAAUUUCAAGAGAUAUUAAAGAUUUAAUUCUAAGUGAUGAUUUCUGGACGAAGACAGGGGAAUGUAUAAGUAUUUUGGAACCAGUCACUGAAAGCAUAUUUUACUUAGAGAGCGACCAGAAUCGUUUGCAUCGCACAUACAUUACAUUUAGAGAUGUACAAGCUAAGAUACGUUUUGCAUUAAAUGAGAUUUCGACAUUGAGCGAAGAAAGCAAACAGCAGAUUCUAACAUCAGUAUCUUCAAGAUGCAAUAUGGCAAUGAGGCCAAUACAUUUUGCAGCAUAUAUUCUAGACCCCAGGACUCUAGGAGUCGAACUUACUCAAGAGGAAGAACUUAAGGGUAUGGAGUUUAUCUACAAUUUAAGCCAACACUUAAGUUUGUCAAAUGUAAUGGCAGAUUUGGCGUGUUAUAAAGCUAAAGAAAACUUUUGGGCCAGAGGAUUUGUAUGGAGCUCAUUAGAUAGCAUUGAGCCCCUAAUAUGGUGGAAAGGUAUUUGUGGUUCCACUGAGUUAAGCAAAGUAGCGAUUCGUAUUCUAUCAGCUCCCUGUACUUCGGCAGCCACUGAGCGUUCCUUUAGUAUCCAAGGCUACAUACAUAAUAACAAAAGAAAUCGACUUACAACUGAAAGAAGUGAAAAAAUUUCAUUCAUUUGUUAUAACUGGAAUCUUAAACAUAAAGCUGAAUGCGAGGACAUUCAGUUUAAUGAAGAAAAUACCUUAGAAGCUUUCAUUGAGCAAGUAAAUGAACAUAACAGUUUAGACGAAAUAGAGCCUAUCGAACCUAUACAAUUCAUCGCUUGUAAUAACUCUGAAUCUGACAGUGAUUGACUGUAGUUUUACAUUUUACUUUCAUCUCUUUCUUAAUAAACUCAAAAUCAAAUUAAAAGUUUUUUAUUCUGUAGGCUGCAUAAUAAUAUUGUCUAUGUCCAGUAUAGUGGACGUCUUGCGGCUGAGAUGACGAUGAUGAAGUACAAAAUCAUAAACACCCAAAAAUUUGGGUGUUUAUGGGGUUUAAACCCAAUAAACCCAAAACACCCGGUUUUUACCCACCAGACUUUAAACCCACCCAGGUGGAUUGCCCAUCU